UUUGGUUCUCUGGUUUAGGGGGCUGUAUUUUAGCUGCGUCAGGGGGCGGCGGAGCCUUGUGUGAGGGGAGGCGGGUGGUGGCGGAGGAGGAGGUCCGGGCUGAGGAGGCAGCGAGAGCCGCCACCUGGAGCAGGUUCCUCCGUACAGUGACGAUGGAUUGAUUUACCUGUACGCGUCCACACAUGAGACAGAAAGCCAUGGACGCCCUUCCGGGAACUGUAACUUUUAAGGAGUUCUGCCCCUUGUACUCCAUCCUCAAAGCCAUCCCGGCUAAAAUACAAAAAGGUUUCCGAUCCCUCAUCGUCUAUCUCACGGCCAUCAACGUCAAUGGCGACUACAUUGCGAUCGGCAGCAGCAUCGGGAUGUUGUAUCUGUACUGCCGGCACACCAAUCAGAUGAAGAAGUAUAACUUAGAAGGGAAGACAGAGUCUAUAUCCGUCACCAAGCUCCUGAGUUGCUUUGAUGACCUGGUGGCAGUGGGCACCGUUUCUGGCAGGGUAGCCAUUUUCCAACUUGUGUCUCCUCUUCCCGGACGCAACAAACAGUUACGGAGGUUCGACGUGCUCGGCACUCACAAGAGCAGUAUCACCACCCUGGCCUGGAGCCCCAAUGGGAUGAAAUUAUUUUCUGGUGACGAAAGAGGAAAAAUUAUCCAGUCUAAUUUGGAUUUUGAUAAGGGUACGUGUAACUCCUGCCUCAUCCUGGAGGAAUUGUCUCCUAUAGUCCAGCUGGAUUACAGUCACAAGAUCCUGCUGGUAUCGACCACUCAGAGAUGUCUGCUCUUCUACACGGAAGAAAAGUCUGUCCAGCAAGUUGGAAAUCAGCCUAGAAAAUCCAAUGGGAAGUAUGGAGCAUGCUUCAUCCCCAGCCUCUGCAAGCAAAGUGACCUUACAUUGUUCGCCUCUCGGCCUGGGAUGCGCCUCUGGAAGGCGGACGCCUACGGAUCUGUUCAGUCAACCUUCAUUUUAAAGGACGUUUUGGCUCGUGGAUUGGAGUCUUUUGAGCUGCAUCCCCGACUGGAAACAAUGAACCAAGCAAAAUAUGCCUUGUCCGAGAAGCACCUGGGCCUGGUCACCUGCUUUCUGCACGACGGAUGGGUUCUGAGCUGGGACGAGUACAGCAUCUAUGUCAUAGACACCAUCAAUCAGGCUGUGGUUGGAGGUCUUGAAAGUGCUGGGGAUAUCGUAUCCGUCUCCUGUAUCAACAAUGAAAUAUUUUUCCUGAAAGGUGAUCGGGAAAUCAUUAGAAUCUCGGACAUGCCUGAAGGAGCAAUAUCUGCCGUGCUACAUAGCCCUUUUCGGAUUCCAGCGAAACAUACCUCACUGGAAAAAAAGGCCCAGAAUGGCUCCAUAUCAAACAUUGAAGAAGAGCAGGCCCCCCCUGGUCAGUCCCUGAGAACUGAGCGGAUCCAGCUGUGUCCCCUGGAGCUGGAGGAAGGCGAUGAAGAGCAAGCACUGGAGCCCAGAGUCAGAAGUGGUUCCCUCCCAGUGGUGCUUCCAGAACGGGGCCGCAUCUCUACAGACAGCGGGUACAGCGUGAACGAUGCCGAUCAGAACUCGUCUGACAGCGGAGUCCGGGAGCGGCGCUCCUCCUCGCAGAGGUUCAGCAUCAUCAGCAAUGAGGACUUCGACCAGGAACUGGUGGUGAAGUCCAUAAAGGUGAAGAAGAAGAAAAAGAAGCGUCAAGAAAACUGUUCCAGGAGUCACAUCGGCUCUCUUGAGAGCACGCCGAGCGUAGACAGUCCUCUCUCUUUAAACUCUUACUUUUCCUCCACCACGAUGGGCUUAACCAGUGGCAGUGCGGAGCAUUUCAGCUCUCAGGAGAGUCUGGUCAGCGGCAAGUUUCACGGUGAUGACAACACUUCAGGCGUCUUCAGUACAACCCACACUUCUGAAUCUCCAGCUCCUGAUAUGGAGAGCGAGAGCAAUUCCUACCAUGGGGAAGAAGACAAAGACUCUAAUGGAAGCAUGAAGAAUAGCGAAGCCACAGGGCCUGACGGAGUCUCCAUCCCGUCAUCUGACACUCGCACAUUGCCUGUAAAUCACUGCUCUGACCCGGCGGCAGCAGACGGACCAGGUGAUGCUACCCAGAAAUGUCCCACAGAGGAGACGCAGGAUGUCACUAGCUCAGGACGGCAAAGUGUGGAGUUACAGGUGGGCUCACACUUGAGCAGUGACUCGACGGAGACUAAAUCCCUCGACAGUAACAAGGAUGAAAUCUAUGAAGAGCAAGAAGCGUCAAAUGCCCAGUGCCAUAUACCCUCAAGUUCUAUUGGGGAGAAUGUCUGUCAAAAUGCCUACUCUAUACCUAAGGACAAUUAUAGACCUGACUACGAGCAUUCCUUGGGGUCCAGUGAUGAUGAAGAUAUCUAUGGUCACAGGAUACCACACUCUUCCUCUGAUGUCAGCGUGGGAGAGAUGGUCGUAUCCCAAGAGCUGUCACGUUCCAUGCAGGAAGAAGGCAGUCUACUGAAAUCGGAACAGCUGGCGGAGAGCUGGAUGGUUUACUCAGGACCCGCUAGUGGCAUCCUAAGCUUAGUCGUGUCUGAGAAGUACGUCUGGUGUCUGGACUACAAGGGGUCCCUGUACUGCAGUUCUCUGCCCGGAGCCGGCCUGCGAUGGCAGAGGUUUGAAGACUCUGUCCAGCAGGUGGCAGUGUCGCCUUCAGGAAACCUGCUGUGGAAGAUCGAGCAGAAGACGGACAAGGCCUUCGCUUGUGGGAAAGUGACCAUUAAAGGGAAAAGACACUGGUACGAGGCGCUCCCUCAGGCCUCAUUUGUAGCUCUGAGUGACGACACUGCCUGGAUUAUCAGAACGAAUGGAGACUUGUACAUACAGACAGGUCUCAGUGUGGAUCGCCCGUGUGCCAGAGCCGUUAAAGUUGACUGCCCGUGCCCAUUGUCUCAGAUCACAGCCAGAAAUAACGUGGUGUGGGCCCUCACUGAACAGCAUGGCCUCCUGUACAGGGAAGGAGUUAGCAGCUUCUCUCCGGAGGGUGAAGUCUGGCAGUGCGACCUCAUCAGUGAGAGACAAGCCCUGGAACCAGUCUGCGUGACGUUGGGGGAUCAAGAGACCGUCUGGACAUUGGACUCCAACGGCAACUUGUGGUUCAGAACUGGAGUCUCCUCCAAAAAGCCUCAAGGAGAAGAUGACCAUUGGUGGCAAGUCAGCAUCACAGACUACGUCGUCUUUGAUCACUACACCCUGUUCCAAACCUUAAUCCAGGCCACGCAGACGGUGGCCACAGUAGCCCAAGCGCCUGUAGAAAAAGUGGCUGAUAAGCUUCGCAUGACAUUCUGGUCACAGCAGUCCCAGUGCCAGCCCAGUUUACUGGGGGUCAACAGCAGCGGCGUAUGGAUCACUUCAGGCAAAAAUGAGUUUCACGUAGCAAAGGGGAACCUUGUAGGCACAUAUUGGAAUCACAUAGUACCACGAGGUACGGCAUCCACCACUAAAUGGAUAAAUGUUUUCUCUUCUGCUUCCCCAAGCGGAGAAGGAAAUGUCCUAUGGAUUUCCCAAAGCAGAAAAGAUCUCUUUUGCUUGAGCGACCAGACUGCUCCCUAUAGACCAUCCACAGUCCAGCUUUCCCCAGACACGGAGAUGAUCCAUGCGUCGGCCUGCACGGAUGCUGUGUGGGCUCUAGACAACCAGGGUGGGGUUCUCAUCCGCACUCUCUCAAAGAAUUGCCCUACUGGAAUGCAUUGGACAAAACUGGAUUUGUCUCAGCUAGGUCCGGUCAAGCUGUGCAGUCUGUCCUGCGGCAACCAGCACGUCUGGGCGUGUGACACCAGCGGAGUCAUUUACUUCCGAGUGGGGACCCAGCCGCUCAAUCCAAGUAUGAUGCUGCCUGCAUGGAUCAUGAUUGAGCCCCCGAUACAGCCCGUGGGGAUCAACCUGAUAAAUGUCUACUCCAGUCCCAAUGACCACAUGCUGUGGACACUGGACAAUAAGUGCAAUGUUUACGUAAGGAUUGGCAUCACCGAGGAGAUGCCCGUUGGAGUAGACUGGGAGCAUGUACCUGGUUUGCAGGCGUGUCAGCUGGCAGUGAGCUCGAGAACCGUCUGGGCCCUGUGUCCGAAUGGAGACAUAGCCAGACGCUACGGAAUUACAGACAAGAACGCGGCCGGAGACUACUGGAAGAAAAUCCCAGGAAAUAUGUCUUGGUUAACAGUGACCCCCCAGGACGAGCUCUGGGGCGUGAGCAACACCGGCUCCCUCCUCCAGCGUCUUACGAAGACCUACAGCCACCACCCGCCCAUUUUAAAGUCCGACAACAUCCUGGCCCAGUCCGACUUCGAAGACGAGUGGGAGGUAAUCUGACCUAGAGCUGCUACGCGAGCCGGCCGCUAAAGUUCUUAUGCUGCUAAGAAGCCUGUGCACUUUGCCCGGUCCGGAGCAUUUCCACCGCCAGAAUCACGAGCCGUAAUAGAUCCACAGAACAGGGCUCAGUGCAUCAGUCGUGAUAUUAACCACUCCCUUCCACUGAAUUAUUAGAUGUUACUUGUGCAGGGCGGGUCUGACAUGGCUGACCUCUCUGUGGACGCCAGUGUCUACAGUGAAUCGUAAACCAUCAGAUUUAAAUUCCUAAACGGCACUGGAAAUGCGAACUGAAGCGGGCGUUUAAAGGGGUAUCCCUAUCAUUGUAUAUCCACCUCUGGAACGCCCCUCAGACCAGGACAGAGAUCCAUUCAGCAUUUUUCCUGCACAGCAGCGCUCCCAGCCACUAAUUGGGUUGUACGUGGCCGGAAGUGGCGCCGUGCAGGGAUAAUCUGAAGGGACCACAGCGCCGGUUAACUGUAGGGGUCCUGACCCCCGGCGAGCAGUAGGUGACGGCAAAUGUUGGCGAUACUGCGUCACAUAUAACACUGGAGAGAAAAUGUUUUUAGGUCAAUGACGUUUAUGUUGGAAGUUUUAACAGUUUACUUGUAAUUACUUGAAUUGGAUCCUUCGUUAAAAAAUAAUUCAUUACAUUAGAAUUUUAAGUACAAAAACAAUUUAACCUCUUCAUCAUUUGACGUAGCAUUUGUUAAAGAAAAGCCCACACAAAAAAUAAAAUGAUAAAGUCCUUGAGUCGUCCUCUUCUGCCAUGUCGAUU